AUGCCCAUCCAAAAGCAAGUCUUCCUCAUUGGUCCUAGAUUCAUCGGCGGCGAGAUACUAGAUCUUUUAGUCGAAGGAAGCCGCUAUGAAAUUACGGUACUCGUUCGCAGACAAGCUGCUGCCGAGAAACUCGAGAAACUUGGCGUUAAGACGAUUAGAGGGUCUCUCAGCGACUCGGAAAUCAUUGCAAGGCAAGCUUGCUUGACGAGUUUUCUUGCAGAUGAUUCGAGAGGCUCUUUUCCAACCGAAGUUUUUUACGAGGAUGAUAAACCGGAGAAGAUUAACGCAAAAUCUGACGAGGCACCACAUCGAAAGAUUGAUCUGGCCAUUGUCAACGCUAAUAAGAGUCUCGGCCCAAAAGCGAAACUAGCUAUCAGGAUCCCUCCCCUCAUCUAUGGAAUCAGCUCUCGGGAAAAGCGGUUAUCGAUUCAGUUACCUACUUUAGCUCGAUUUGCGAUAAAGCAUGGCUAUGCCGGACAUAUUGGGAAAGGUUUAUCAAGGUGGUUACAUAUACAUGUUCGCGAUUUAGCGAGAGGUUAUGUGAUAUUGUUGUACUCGCUUGAGACAAGUGACUUGGGCAUCAAGAACCCUUACUAUUCUUGCAGUAAUGGAGAAGACUUAUCAUGGAGAGAAUGUGCUUCAGAGAUCGGUAAGAUCUUGUACGAAAAGGGAAAAAUCAAGAGUCCUGAGAUCAAAACUAUACCUUUGGAAUUGUACAACGACUUAUUCGGGCCAUAUUCAUCCGUAGUGGUUGGUUCUAAUUCCUUAAAUAGAGCUAAUCGAUUAAGAGAACUGGGAUGGGAGGCAAGAGAGCAAACGACUCUCGGAUCUUUGCGUGAUGAAUUGAUGAUGAUAUUGCAGGAAAAGGAGCCCUUUUCGGGAUACUUUGCAUCUGUAACUUCUGGAUCAAACCGAGAUUGA